AUGAGCCAGACGGAGCUGUCCACCUGCUCGGCCCCGCAGAGCCAGCGCAUCUUCCAGGAGGCGGUGCGCAAGGGCAACACCAAGGAGCUGCAGUCGCUGCUGCAGAACAUGACGAACUGCGAGUUCAACGUGAACUCGUUCGGGCCCGAGGGGCAGACGGCCCUGCACCAGUCCGUCAUCGACGGCAACCUGGAGCUCGUCAAGCUGCUCGUCAAGUUCGGCGCGGACAUCCGCCUGGCCAACCGCGACGGCUGGAGCGCGCUGCACAUCGCCGCCUUCGGGGGCCACCAGGACAUCGUGCUCUACCUGAUCACCAAGGCCAAGUACUCCGCGGGCAGCCGGUGA